UAAGAUAUUCGCGUCAGUGUUGCCGUGUCUCGCGAAGCGUGAAGUUUGACGCGCGCCGGUCAAAAUGGCCCGCGAGUUUAUAUAUUUCGUUCUCUGUGUUUGUUUUUGUGCUCAAAAUGUUUUUUGUCAGUUUGGUUUCUUCCCCAAUGAACGUCAUCAGCAGCAGCCGUUUUUCCAGCAAUUCCCCAACCCGAGAAGAAUUAGCCAACAGAUAAGUUCCUUACUACAUUUACAGCGUGAAAAUCCAAGCAGCAACCCAGAAUACAUAUAUCCCUUCACUAAUCGACCCAUAAGUAAUCAAUAUGACGACGCUUACCGCCGACGUCCAAACAGAGUGAGAUUUCCAAAUCAAAACACUGAAAUACCACAAGACUAUGUUAAUUUAGACAACGAUAGAGUAACAGAGAACUACCUGAACAAUCAAGGUAAUCCCAACUUUAUACAAACAAAUGGAGAAAGUCAAGCAGAAAAUCCUGUAAGAGACAACAAUAACAAUGCCAAUUCGAAUGGGUUGAGUUUUGAAGACUUCAUCACUGGCAUGAAUUCUAACAAACCAUCGUUUGGAGACUCCCUAUCCAACAAUGUUAAAGAUAUGAACAAUGAAAGUAAUGGAGCAGAUUCUAAUGUAAAUACCGAUUUGAAUACGGAAAAACCUGAAACUGAUAGAACACCAGAGCCUGCAAUUAUUUCAAGUGAAUUACCGAUACCUACUGCAGCAGCAUACGAUGCAAAUACAAAUGCACCAUUUAACGAAGAGAACGUUAAGCCGGAUAGUGUUUUGGGCGGAAUAAACGAGUCUUCUUUUGGCGAUAGAGCUGGUGAAAUAAGCAGUACACCUCGUGCAAUACUGACGCCAGUACCACCGUCGCAAUCGAGGGAUAACGUGGGAUUCUCGGCUUUUAGAGAGAGGUGUACCACAGUGGAGGGCGGUUCCGGAUCAUGCAUCAGCAUAAAAGCCUGCGAACCGUUCGUGAAGUUGUUGCAGACACCCAAAAACAGCAGAGUUGUGGAUAUCUUGAGACGAUCGCAAUGCGGUUUCGAAAAUGACAUCCCCAAGGUUUGCUGUCCCCUUCCCGGUAUACCCAACACACCACCAACCGCUCCCCCCACCACAGCACCACCUCCACCCGUGACGUCAACGGAAGCUGCGUCAGGAAAGUCGGCGAUGACGUCGGACGUGGCGGCCAUCACUGCAUUACCUGAACCACCGGUAUGCGGUGUCAGCAAUGCGUCUUUCAGUCGCGUCGUGAAUGGGAUACCAGCUAAACUUGGUGACUUCCCAUGGAUGGCGCUCCUGGGUUACAGAAGUCGCGGCGCUACAAGUUGGAAGUGCGGAGGGUCUCUCAUCACCUCGCACCACGUGCUUACUGCCGCUCAUUGCAUCCAUAACAGGGAAAAUGAAUUGUACGUAGUGCGUCUAGGCGAGCUGGAUCUAGCUAGAGAGGAUGACGGAGCGACUCCAGUUGAUGUCCUCAUCAAAAGCCUUAUCAAGCACGAGCUAUAUGACCCCCAGGCUUUUACCGAUGAUAUUGGAAUUCUGGUCUUGGAGAAGGACGUAUCGUUUUCAAGUCUAAUCCGACCGAUCUGCAUCCCGCAAGACGAAAAACUCCGCUCUCAAACGUAUGAGAAGUACAAUCCUCUCAUAGCUGGCUGGGGAGAUGUGGCUUACCGCGGUCCCAAAGCCAGCCACCUGCAAGUGGCGCAGUUGCCCGUGGUAACGAACGCGGCGUGCGCAAGCGCAUACAGCAUGUACAAGCAGCAGGUGAUCGACGCGCGGGUGCUGUGCGCCGGCCACAAGGACGGCCGGAUGGACGCCUGCCAAGGGGACAGCGGCGGACCCCUCAUGCAGCCUAUCUGGAACCCUCAAACGUACACCACUUUCUUCUUUCAAAUCGGUGUAGUAUCAUACGGGAAGAAGUGCGCUGAACCUGGUUUCCCGGGCGUAUACUCAAGGGUCACCCAUUUCGUGCCGUGGAUACAACAGAACGUCAUUGGAUCAUAAGAGAUUUAAUUGAUAGUGCUUAUUUAUCAGUCGCUUAUUAUUUAUGUUUGGAUAGAUUUGUCUUUUAACUUUUAAACAUAGUAUGGGUAAGGAGAAAAAUUGUUUAUCAAACACACAAACUGGUUGAAAGCUUCAACAAACGCAAAAAGAGAAAAACAUUGAAGUCCAUAAACGAUUAACGUUUUUACCCACUUAAAUAAGGAGGAAGAGGUUCUCAAAUUGCAAAUUUUGACUUCAAAUAAUUGUUGAUGGCUGAAGGACAUUAAAAAAAAUGUUCUCCUUAACCAUACACUUGAUAAUGAUAAUAAUGUAAGCCUACAGUUGUCUGAUCAUUUCUUGAUCAUUUCAAGACGUGAGAACGACGCCUAAAAUGAAUUAUGAGAAAGUCUAGAAUCAAUAUUAUCGCACAUCAUUCUACAUAAAUUGCUCCAUUUCCAUGUAUUACACUGGACAUAUAAAACAUAAAUUCACAAAUACUCCUAUAAAUAUUAGAAAUUAUAGUUAUAUCUAAUAUCAUCAUCAUCAUCAUUAACAUCCUAUACAUGUUCCCACUGCUGGGACACAGGCCUCCUAUGAGGGUGCUAUAUAAGUAUCUAGUAUAGUAUUAUGUUAUCUGUGGUUGUAUUAAUACUAAUAGCAUUAGAUAAAUGCAUCUACGAUCUAUCAUUAUUGUUAAUUUAUUUUAUUAUAUUGCACGGAUAGCGACUAAAUAGUUAUCUUAAUCGUAAAUGGGAUAGUAUUUUUCAUAGUACGAUUUCGUUUCGACCCCAAAUUACUGUAAUUGUUAUUAUAAUAUUUUUGUGAAUUACUUAACUUUGAAUGACGAGUUUAGUCGUCUAUACAGUAAUAUUUAAAUUUCUCAUUAUUGUAAUAAACAAUGCAGAUAAUAAAUAAAAAAUCGUGUUAUCGUAAUAAAAAAGCACACUGUCAAACAAAUUGUCUGCAAAGCUCAGCUUAUGUCUCACAGGCUGUACAUACAGCCUGUGAGACAUAAGCUGAGCUAAAAAAAUGUCUACCUAAUACAUAUUAGGUAGACAUUUUUAUAUUUUAAGUGUUUACGAUCAUUGAGUGUAACGUAUUUAGAUAAUAUUACAUAUUUAGAUUAUGUAUCUAUAAUAGCAAUAAUAAAAAACAAGUAUACAAGUUUACU